AUGGCCGUGGGCUCUCCCACCCUGCAAGCUCCUCUGUUGCUGCCAGUGUCCCAAUCCACGGGCUAUUUCGAGCUGCAGCUCAACUCGGUGAGGAAUGUAAACGGAGAAUUGUUCAAUGGGGAAUGUUGUGAUGGCAUGAAAAGCCCCGAGAACCCGGAGUGCGCCCGGGACGAGUGCGACACUUACGUGAAAGUCUGCCUAAAGGAAUAUCAGGCCAAGAUCACUCCGGUUGGACCCUGCAACUACGGAUUCGGAUCUACCCCCGUUCUUGGUGGAAAUAUCUUUUAUUUGAACAGCAACAAAUAUUCCCAUCAAAGCAAAACCCCCGAGACGGGCAGGAUUGUCAUACCGUUUCAGUUUGCAUGGCCGAGAUCGUUCACUUUAAUAAUAGAAGCAUGGGAUUGGGAUAACGAUACAAAAGCUGGUGAAAACUUGCUGAUUGAACGAGUGGCAUAUGCUGGCAUGAUCAACCCAGAAGAUCGAUGGAAGACACUACAAUUUAAUGGCCCUGCUGUGCAUUUUGAAGUGCAAAUAAGAGUGAAAUGUGAUGAAAAUUACUAUAGUGCCCUGUGCAACAAAUUUUGUGGCCCUCGAGAUGAUUUUGUUGGUCACUAUACAUGUGAUCAAAAUGGAAACAAAGCCUGCAUGGAAGGUUGGAUGGGCGAAGAAUGUAAACAAGCUGUAUGUAAACAAGGAUGUAAUUUGCUCCAUGGGGGUUGCAGUGUACCUGGGGAAUGCAAGUGUCAUUAUGGUUGGCAAGGACAGUUCUGUGAUGAGUGUGUCCGCUACCCAGGCUGUGCUCAUGGGAGCUGUAAUGAACCAUGGCAGUGUAAUUGUGAAACCAACUGGGGUGGCCUGCUCUGUAACAAAGAUCUGAAUUACUGUGGAAAUCACCAUCCUUGCCGAAAUGGAGGAACAUGUAUGAAUACUGAACCAGAUGAAUAUCGCUGUGCUUGCCCUGAUGGCUAUUCUGGAAAGAACUGCGAAAUUGCGGAACAUGCUUGUGUAUCUAAUCCCUGUGCUAAUGGUGGAAUUUGUCAUGAAAUUUCCUCAGACUUCAAGUGUCACUGCCCCCCAGGGUGGAGUGGACCAACAUGCGCAAUUGAUAUUGAUGAAUGCGCAUCUAACCCUUGUGCUCGAGGAGGGACCUGUAUUGAUGGUAUUAAUUCAUUUGAGUGCAUAUGUCCACAGCAGUGGAUUGGAGCAACGUGCCAGCUUGAUGCUAAUGAGUGUGAGGGGAAACCCUGUGUUAAUGCUUACUCUUGCAAAAAUCUCAUUGGUGGAUAUUACUGUGACUGCAUUCCAGGAUGGACAGGAGUAAAUUGUCAUAUCAAUAUUAAUGACUGCCAUGGACAAUGUCAACAUGGAGGGACUUGUAAGGAUGAAGUGAAUGGUUACCACUGCUUAUGCCCUCGUGGUUUCACAGGAAAAAACUGUGAGAGAGAAAUAAAUGAGUGUGAAAGCAAUCCAUGCCAAAACGGAGGGCGUUGCAAAGACCUAGUGAAUGGAUUCACUUGCCUGUGUUCCCAGGGGUUUUCGGGAGUCUUCUGUGAGAUGGAUAUUGAUUUCUGUGAACCUAACCCUUGCCAGAAUGGGGCUAAAUGCUAUGAUCUGGGAGGAGAUUAUUACUGUGCCUGCCCUGAUGACUAUGAUGGAAAGAAUUGUUCACAUCUCAAGGACCACUGCAAGAACAAUUCUUGUAAAGUAAUAGACAGCUGCACGAUAGAAGUCUUCACCAAUGCUACCCAAGGUGGAAUCCGUUUCAUUUCAUCCAAUGUUUGUGGGCCUCAUGGACGGUGCAUUAGUCAACCAGGAGGGAAUUUUACUUGUGCUUGCGAAAGAGGUUUUACUGGAAUAUACUGUCAUGAAAAUAUCAACGAUUGUCUUGGGAAGCCUUGCAAGAAUGGUGGCACUUGCAUUGAUGAAGUGGAUUCAUUUAGGUGUUUCUGCUCAAGUGGCUGGGAAGGAGAGUUGUGUGACACCAAUUUCAAUGACUGUUCUCCUAAUCCAUGUCACAAUGGUGGCCGAUGCAUUGAUUUGGUGAAUGACUUCUAUUGUGAGUGUAAGAAUGACUGGAAAGGCAAAACUUGUCAUUCACGUGAAUACCAGUGUGAUGCAAAUACUUGCAGCAAUGGUGGCACUUGCUAUGAUGAUGGAGAUACAUUCCGCUGUUCGUGUCCUCCAGAGUGGAUAGGAAGUACUUGCAACAUUGCUAAAAACAGCAGCUGUCUUCCAAACCCUUGCAUGAAUGGAGGAACAUGUGUUGGCAGUGGAGAUUCCUUUUCUUGCAUCUGCAAAGAAGGAUGGGAAGGACGCACAUGCACACAGAAUACCAAUGACUGCAAUCCUCAUCCCUGUUAUAAUGGAGGCAUCUGUGUUGAUGGUGUGAACUGGUUUCGAUGUGAAUGUGCACCUGGGUUUGCUGGUCCUGACUGCAGGAUUAAUAUCGAUGAAUGCCAGUCCUCUCCUUGUGGAUAUGGUGCCACUUGUAUAGAUGAAAUAAAUGGAUACCGAUGCACUUGUCCUCCUGGAAGAGUUGGUCCUAGAUGCCAAGAAGUGAUUGGAAUUGGAAAGCCUUGCUGGCUUAAGGGAAUGACCUUUCCUCAUGGCAGCAGGUGGGAUCAAGAAUGCAAUAACUGCCACUGUUUGGAUGGCCGUAUUGACUGCACCAAGGUGUGGUGUGGGAAAAAGCCUUGUCCACCGUGCUCUGAAUGGGGAGAAUGCAGUGCCUCUGAACCUCUGCCUGCCAAUAUCAAGUGUCUGCCUAAUUCUGGAUAUUUGGACAAUGAUUGUGCUAGAAUUACUUUAAUUUUUAAUGGAGACAAAGUUCCACAGGGCACUACAACAGAAAAUAUUUGCUCUGAAAUUCGAUAUUUACCAGCUUCUAGAAUUGUUUCUAGGGAGAGAACUUUGAUAAUAUUAUGUGACCUAUCGUACUCCACAGAGAAUGCAGUGGAAGUUGCUAUUUCUUUUGUUCCGCAUCAAGAUGAACAAGACAAUAGUCUCAUACAGAAUGCUGCUAAUACAAUAGUAAAUGCAAUCACCAAGCGGCAAAACAGCACUGUUAUGUUGGCAGUAACUGAGGUCAAAGUAGAGACCAUAGUUGUUGGGAAUUCAUCAUCAGAUUAUUUGGUUCCAAUUCUUUGUGCGGUGUUCAGCAUUGUGUGGCUGACUUGUAUAAUCAUCUGUGUGUGGUGGACUCGGAAGAGAAGAAAAGAGAGAGAAAGAAGUCGUCCUCCUAGAGAAGAGGGUGCCAAUAACCAGUGGGCACCUUUAAAUCCCAUAAGAAAUCCUAUAGACAGAUCUUAUAGUAACAAAGACAUUCGUUAUGAAUGCAAAAACUUCAUAUCUCCUCAAAAAAGAACUUGUGAUGCAGUAGAGGAGUAUGUAGAGUAUGAGGAAGAGGAGGAUGAAGAUGAGGAAAGAGAUGAGGAAAUGGACAAAUUCCUCUCUCACAAACUCGCAAAGCCUUUGCCAACAAAGGCAUCUGACACAUCAGAGAGCAGUCCAGUAAAGAAAUCCCAUCAAAUAGGCAAAAUGGACAACAGAUCUGUAAAAAAUGUGAAUGCAUCAAACUUUGAAGGCAGUAGAGACUAAUCCGUUUUUGGAAGGUGGGCACACUGCGCCUGCCCUUACUGGGGAGGGGAAACGUUGACAUCUCCACUUUGCAUCAAGGACUAAAAAUAUCUGGAGUCAAAUGUUCAUAGUUUCUUUAUUUUGAGUAAAAAAAAAUUAAAUAAAAAUAAUAAUAAAUAAAAUUUAUUUUGUUUCUUUAGCCUUGUAUAAAUUAUUCAAUGACUGUCAGAUGAAAAAAAUGAGUAAUCUUUGAUAGUUGCUAUUUUUGUAAAGUUUACUUAUAAUACACUCGCUAUGUGGCAGAGGAGAGGUUGUAUUUUCAAUAUGUGUAAAGUUUAUUACAAAAGACUGUACACUGUUUACAGAAUGUAUUUCUUUUUAUUACUUGCUCUAAUUUAAUGGUGGCUUUAAAACCUCCUGGUUGAGGAAAUUGUGUGAACUUUAAGCUGUUUUCUUGACUUUGGAUCUAUUAAUGGCAGCUCACUGCACUUGUUACGUUAGUAGCUUCUGUAAGAUUUUUUUCCAAAUUUGCCUUACACACUUUGUAAUAGGAACAAAAAAUUAUAGAGAUCUUUCAACUGUGGUUUAAAAGUGGCCUUUUUAUUUCUGUUUUAAUUACUUUAGAAUUGCAGUAUUGAAGCAUGUGACAAGUGCCUUGAGAUUAAACUUUUUCUAUAGCAACUGUCAAAGACUGCCAUAUCAAUAUAGCUAAAUUGUGAGAACUCUAGGUUCCCCAACUGACACAGUUUAUUUUCUAAUAGUGAAAGUGCUUUUUUGUAAAUAUGUACAUAUUAAAUGAAUCACUCUGUAUAUUUGAUUUAAUAACUUAAAUAUUUUGGUCUUUUUUUACAUGUCAUUCCUUUUAAUUUAUGUUGCAGAAAAGGAGGUUUUAUGGCAGUUUAUAAGACUUUUUUUUGCUAUUAUGUCCAGAUUAGAAAAUGAUGUUAAUACAAUCAAUGUUAGGAAUCUGUUGGUCAUUUGUAUUUACAUAGGAACAUAACCACUUAUGUGUAAAUAGAUCCAGAACUGUUUGUUUAUCCCCACAUUCAGCCCAUCUCAAGAACACUUAACGGGUGCAUCUACUGUACAGUACCAACAUAGUGAGGCAUUGUUUUUCUUUUGUGAAUAUGUUAAUUACAUGUGGUAUUACCUUUUGCGUUUAAAUACAGGCCUAAUGAAGGGAACAAUAUUUUCCU